AUGGGCGCGGCAGAGAAGAUCAAGGAGAUCGAGGAGGAGAUGGCCAGGACGCAGAAGAACAAGGCGACCGAGUACCACGUCGGCCAACUACGAGCCAAGCUGGCCAAGCUGCGCGUGCAGCUGCUCGAGCCCGACACCAAGUCGCGCGGGCCCGGCGAAGGCUUCGACGUGCAGAAGCGCGGCAGUGCGCGCGUGGCACUCAUCGGCUUCCCCUCGGUGGGCAAGAGCACAUUGCUCAACACCGUCACGCGCACCGAGAGCGCCACGGCCGCGUACGAGUACACGACGCUCACAGCCAUCCCUGGUGUGCUCGAGUAUGAGGGCGCAGAGAUUCAGCUGUUGGACUUGCCGGGUAUCAUUGAGGGGGCAUCGCAGGGAAGAGGCAGAGGUAGACAGGUGGUUAGCGUGGCAAAGACGGCGGAUCUCAUCUUGGAUGCUACGCAUGAUAAGAUCAUGCUGGAUGCGACAAAGUCAGAGCAACAACGACCGCUGUUGGAGAAGGAGCUGGACGAUGUGGGCAUUCGGCUGAACAAGUCGCCGCCUGAUGUGGUGCUGAAGCGCAAGAAUGGCGGCGGCAUUGUCAUCUCCAAGGCCAUGGGCCUCACACUCACCAAGAUCGACGAGAAGAUGAUCCGCACCAUUCUUGCGGGCUACAAGAUGCACAACUGCGACGUUCUCCUCCGCGAAGACAUCACAGUCGACCAGUUCAUCGAUGUGGUGCUCGGCACACGCAAGUACACGCCCUGUCUGUACGUGUACAACAAGAUCGACUCGAUUUCGCUCGAGGAGAUGGACAAGCUGGCGCGACGACCACAUUCCAUCGUCGUCUCGUGCGAGCAGAAGUUGAAUCUGGAUCGCCUGCUCGAUCGCAUCUGGGCGGAAAUGCGGCUCCUGCGCGUCUACACGCGCAAGCGCGGCGAGCACCCGGAUCUGAAUGACCCGGUCAUCGUGCGGCGAGGCGGGACGAUUGAGGAUGUGUGCAACCAAAUUCACAAGUCGCUCGUCGAGAAGUUCUCGUACGCGGUGGUGUGGGGCGCCAGUAGCAAGUUCCUGCAAGGACAGAAGGUCGGCAUCAACCAUGCGGUGGCCGACGGCGAUGUAGUCACGCUGUUCAUGAAGUAG